AGUCAUGUGGCUUUUGUUGCAACAUAGGAGAAUAUAAAUAGAGAAGUAAGAAGCAGUGGUUUUAUUCUCACGCCGUUUUAUGCAGAUAGGACAUAGCUUGACAUCAUGAAGUUGAUUCAUUUGGUUUUGGUUUUUGGUUUCGUUGCCGUUCUAUUUGCAGAAACAGCAGUCCAAGAUGAAAUUGCUGACAACGAUGCAUCCGAACCGAUCAAAGAGGAUGCUUUAGAAGAAGAUACUACUGAAGAUACUACUGAAGAAGAAAACCCUGCCGAGGAUGACGACAAUGAAGAUCCCACGGAUGAUGAUGAAGAAGAUGAACCAAGUGAAGACGAGGAGGAGGAAACAGAAGAAGACGAGGAGGAUGAAACAAAUCCAAGUGACGAUGAAGAAAAUGACGCAUCAGUACCAGCAGAAGACGAGAGCGAAGAUCUAUCCUCCACUGAAGCAGAUGCAAAGCCAUUAAGAAUUCUACUUGGAAGACGAAGAUAUCCUUACCGCCGUCGAUCUGUGUUUCGCCGUCGAUCUGUGUUCCGCCGUCGAUCUGUGUUCCGCCGUCGUUCUAUCUUCCGUCGUCGAUCUAUCUUCCGUCGACGAUCGAUUUACCGUCGACGAUCGAUUCACCGUCGCCGAUCGAUUUACCGUCGUCGAUCUUUUAUCCGCCGUAUAUUCCGCCGUCGAUCUGCUUAUCGUCGUCGAUCUUCUUACCGCCGUCGAUCUGCUUAUCGUCGUCGAUCUGCUUAUCGCCGCCGAGCAAUUAGCCGUUGGAGCAUUGGCUAAAUGAUAGCAUAUGGCUUGAAAAACUACACUACUCUUUUGUAUUUAAAUUUUUGUGUAGCUAUGAAAGAAAAUGCGGACUCGCAA